AUGGCUGCGGAGAGCGGGGAGAGCGAUGGUGGUGAUGCUGAUGCUGGGAAGGAUGGCAGCAGCACGAAGCACCACAAGAACAAGGAUCCAUUGGCCUCCCCAGUAGCGAAGCUCUUCCGCAAACACUCCCACGCCUGUCGCCACACAUCGGCCAAGGUGCACCGAGUGUUUGGGCAGCCAGUGCUGCACCCUCGGUUUGAAGGAGAUGUGGACACGGUGGAGCUGGCCACCCGCCACUUGACCAAGGAAUGCCAAUGUGUUGGGCCACCGAGCAAUCUUGAGCGCCGCGCUGUCGCCACCCUGUCUGGCAUGUCCACCACGGAAGUGGAUGAAAGGGUGCCGAGGAUCAUCUGUCCCGAGUGUCAGCAUGACCUCGCGUUCCACCGGGAGGGAACAGACGCAGAAAAGCACAACACGCGCAUCCUCGCGCACUUCAGGCCCACCCUGCUUGCACAGUGCACAACAGACGCGCAGCCCAUCCUGCCGCCAUCGCGUUCGCUCGAAUCCUUGGCGCUCUUGCUCAAUGGCACUGCGUCCAUCUAUCCCGGGAAGAAGAGCAAGCCGUCGAAGGCGUCGUCGUGGCUGCCGCGUAUCUUCGGGAAACGCAGCAAGGGCAAGGCAGGGGACGACGCGCCUGUGUGCAUCCAUGUUGAUGACGAUGACGAUGGUGGGAAGAACGACGGUGAUCAUGGAGAUGGCAGCAACAGCACGAUAACCACUACUGCCAAUGGUGGUGGCAAUCAGAGCAGAGGUGAGCACAACAAGCAGGCCAAGCAGGCUGAGUCUUCGGCGGAGAAAAGAGGCGCACAGCAGCGCAAGCGCGCGAGCAAGGACGUUGAAGCCGUUGAUGCCACAGACAGCAGCGGGGAGGGCGAAUCCGCGGUGCUGGAGACACCAAAGAAACGACCAAAGCAUUCAUUCCUCGGCCUCAAGGAAUUCUUCAUCCCAGCGCCAAAGUCAAAGCCCACACCACCACCAACACCCCCGCAUCCAUUUCAGGGCAUUGGACAAGAACUCCUCUGCAUCGAGGCCACCAGCGAUCAAGGUUUCCAUCCGCACACUUGA